AUGACUUUACCUAUCUCGGAGUCUUCAGAUGCGUCAUCUGAGACAUCUAGAUUUGAGAAUUAUUCAUCGGGACCUUCUAUUGAAGACACGUUAGCGAUCUUAGACAUUCCUACAUUAAGGAUCUUGCAGACAUCAGAGGUUUCAACAACUCAAACUUUACCAAUUUCAGAGAUUCCCGACAUUGCGAGAUUACACAUUGAAGAACCUUCACCAAUUUUAAUGGAACCUUCAGCAAAUGAUAUUUUAACACUUACAGAAAUUCCAUCCAACGAUACUUUGCACAUUUUAAACCUCUCAAGCCCACAGAUAUUAAACAUUUCAGAAAUAGAGACUUUACCAAUUCUAGAAUCAUUGACCAGUGGGACAUUAGCAAACAUGAGCUUUCUGACCACAGGCAAUACUCCAGUCCUAGAACCACCAACCACUAAGAAAUUUACGAUCUCGAAUACGAGCCCGCUCUCAAAGUCUUUGGUAACCCAGGUCUUAUCAACCUUGGAAUGCCAUGUUACUGAUAGGUUACCAAUGUUAGAAUCUUCGACCGCUGAACCAGUUCAAGCACACUACCCAACGAGACAAUUACACAAUAUGUCAACACAAAAUUUAAAGCUGUCACCAUCAUGGUGCAUUAGCACACGUUCUUCAGUCACACCAUCCAUUAGAACACGUUCUUCAGUCACACCAUCCAUUAGAACACGUUCUUCAGUCACACCAUCCAUUAGAACACGUUCUUCCGUCACACCAUCCAUUAGAACACUUUCUUCAGUCACACCAUCCAUUAGAACACGUUCUUCAGUCACACCAUCCAUUAGAACACGUUCUUCAGUCACACCAUCCAUUAGAACACCAGAACAAAACUCAACUUCGUAUACACCAACAGAGUAUUCACGUGUUCAACUUCAAUCAUUACCAUCUAGUCUUGCCUCAUCAUUAUCCUAUUUCAAUAGAUCGAAUCAAUGUAGACCUAAUAACUCAUUCACGUCAAUUACUGCACGAGAUUAUAGCUCGCUAUCUCAGUAUACAGCAAGAAUUUACAAUCCACCAACACAUCAUGCAACACGAGCCUAUAACACUUCAGAUCAGGACACAACAAGAGCCUAUAACACUUUAGUUCAGCACACAAGAGCCUAUAACAUUUCAGAUCAGCACACAACAAGAGCAUAUAACACUUCAAAUCAGCACACAACAAGAGCAUGUAACACUUCAAAUCAGCACACAACAAGAGCAUAUAACACUUCAAAUCAGCAAAUAGCUAGACCCUAUAUCACUUCAGAUCAGCACACAACAGGAUUCUUUAACAGUUCAGACCAGCACACAGCAAGACCCUAUAACACAACAGCUCAACACACAAUAGGACUUUAUAACUCUUCAGCAUCAUACGUUCAGCAGCAGGAACCAGAACUCUUUAUCUUAGUUGACACCGAGCAGCAGGAACCAGAACUCUUCAUCUUAGUUGACACCGAGCAGCAGGAACCAGAACUCUCCACCUUAGUUGACACCGAGCAGCAGGAACCAGAACUCUUCAUCUUAGUUGACACCGAGCAGCAGGAACCAGAACUCUUCACCUUAGUUGACACCGAGCAGCAGGAACCAGAACUCUUUAUCUUAGUUGACACCGAAACUGUUAAAACUACUUGGGGAUUGUUUACAUUUUAG